GUCCUGUUCGAGGUCAGGGCUUUCUGCCCCCGUUAGUACCUCCUUUCCAUGUUUUCCUUGGGUCUGGGUCAGGGUUUUCUACCCCCGUUAAUACCCCCUUUUCCUUGAUUGUCCUGUUCGAGGUCAGGGCUUUCUGCCCCCGUUAGUACCUCCUUUCCUGUUUUCCUUGGGUCUGGUCCUGGGCCUUUCUCGACCAGCUUCGCUCUGGAAGCAUGGAUCCAGAUGGAACUAUGUUCAGUGAGGACUGCUGUUCUGGUUACUGCUACGACCGUAGUUUCUGGUCCAUAGGCGAAAUCCUGCUGUUUCUUGUUUCUCGUCAGCUGUUUCACCACAAUACGAUCUCCGGCCUGGAACGGGUAGGUAUUUUCCUGUAAAAAAAAACGGAAACUUGCGGAU